GAACAUAGAUGUUUGUUUCUCUCCUCCUCCCCCCUCCCCCCUUCCUUUCCACUCCACGGCGUACGGCUUCGACCUACCUCAGAAGGAUCAGGCCAGCUGUAACUACCUAUUGCGCAUCCUUUGCUACUAAAAUGGUCACUGUGAAAGGAACCUUGGCGUCGAAGCUGAAGCCUCGCAGGCGACCGUACAGGUAAGCAAGCCAUCAGCUGGAGUUUUAACAACAAAAACAUCAAUGGGAACCUGCUUCGGUCAUUGUUUCAACUCCACUUCAAGGAGGCAUGACAGGUGCCAUUCGCUGUAUUCUUGCAAGACAGAAUAUGUUCAGUUUGAUCAAAGUCGCAAGUUGGCAAAGGAUGACAGAAGGUGGCCUUGUCUUCCACACAGCUUGUCUUCACUUCUAUCUUUUAAAAGGAGAAAGGAGAAUCAAGGAGAAGUACCCCUUGAACUUGUUGAGAAUUCUUGGCCUUUACAAAUCUGUGACAGAUAUGUUGCACAAGCAUGUGUACCAUACCGCCAUUACUUAGAACCAUCUUUACCACCGUCAGACCGUGAUUUUCAUGCUCUUGAUGUUAAAGCAUUACUGGUACCUCAGACCUACACAGCUUGCUUUACCCAGGAAAACAAAAGCUUGCAUUCUACUCCACCUAGUUCAAUCGACUUGGAAUGGGAGCAUGAAGCUUCUUUCCAUCCUCGGAUAUUUAAUGAUGAUGAAGAUUCAGAUUCAACUGCUGCAUCUGUAAACAACAAUUCAAAAUCUCGUCCACAUUAUAAGUCAUUCCAAACACGCAAAACUCGCAUUGGUAGUCGGCAAGGUAGUAUAACUCAAGAAUCAUCGACUGGAAGUAAAGAUGGGUCAAGAAUGACUACUCCAGAUUCUUUGGAAUGGGAUUUUGUAGAUCCAUCUAUAACAACUAUUGACCAGGAAACUGAGCAAUUGAUUGCAGAAAUAGAACGAUUAGCAGCAAAUGCUCUAGAAGAGACAGGUAACUAUGAGUUUCAUGAUGAGGAUGAUAUGGCCUUAAGCCAUGAGAGAAAUUGAUGAGCUAUUCAUACUGGGCAAUAUUCAAAAGCACUGUAGUAUCUGUACCUUGAAAAUUAUCAUAUUUAACACCUCUUGAUUUUGUGAAAAGUAUUGUUCAUCUAGUUUAUAUUUAAAAAAAUAAUUGUCUUCUAUAGUACUUUAUAUCUUAUUACUACACUUUUCAUGAUUGUCUCUGUCCUCAUGGCCUAAAUUUAUUUGUGGGAAUAAUUCUUGUCUAUUUUUAGGUGAGGCCCAUCAUUUUUACCUCUGUGCCUCUAUUUAAGGUAAUUUUUGAUCUGUUGUCUAAUGCCUACUGGUCUGUUUGAAUUUGCUCACAAACACAAAAGUACUCAGAGUUUAUAGAGUUUUUACAGGUCACUCUCCUAUUAUCUGUUGUAGAAAGUAUCUUUUUUUUCUAAACCUAUAAAUUGUACCUGUUUUUUCUUUUGGCAUGAUUUUCUGUGAAAAGAAAACUGUAGGAUAACAUAUCAAAAUUUUUAAAUGCCAAUACCAUAAAGUCUUUCAGUCUUGAUUGACCCAACUUACUAGUCAUUUCUUAUUGGUAAGUAGUGAAGCCAGGGAACAAAUUGCUACUGCACAAGGUGUCAGUAUAUCAUCAAGGAGAGCGCUUCCAAUCAACAUAUCUCUCUAUUGUAUUAUUUCUGAAGCCGUUUUUCCCAUCAAUAGGCUUAUGUACCUCAAAUCUUCAAUGUAGUCAAGGCUAAUUUUGCGGUUCAGAAUUGGUACUUCGUAUCUUUUUGAGCCUAAAGGUCUACUUCUACAUUGUUUGAGUUCCGUAUUUUCUGAAUCUUCUUUAUUUCUCAUAGACUUCUAUUCAAAUGCCAAAAUAUAGGAAAAUUUGCAUUAAUUUUGAUUGGAAAUUUGUGCCAUGGGACCAAACUUGUUGAACAGGUCAUGCCAAAACAUUGUAAACUACAAACAGAAAAUGAAUCGGUUUCACCGUCUAAUGUAGUAUGUGAACAUGACUUAUGGUCUGUCUGCGACUGAGCUCUAAUGCUGCCUUACUAUUAUCUGUGCCUUAUGAAUUACAAAACAAAAAAUUCCCAACCAUCUCCCAACAGUAGGUGAAACAGGAAAUUUUUGGUUUUGUUUUAAAAUAUACAAUCAAAACAAAAGUAAUACUAUAUGUUCAAACUGUGUGUGUCUAUUCAACCUGUUAUUAAAGAUUGGAGAAUAUAGCUAUCUGGGGUCAAAAAAGA